AUGAACUCCAAGAUUAUUUUCGCUUUGUUUUGCCUUUUCGCUGUUUCACUUGCUACUGCAGGAACUACUAAUAUUGAUUGCCUUAAAAAUGGUGCUUGCAAUGAUGCUAAUUGUGGUAAAUCUGGUGCUAAGACUGAUAACUGGUAAAUUUCUGGAACAAAAUGUGCCAUCGCUGACUGUUCAUAAUUGACAGCAUCAGGUGCAACUAUUUCAACUAAUGCUUGUACUUCUUGCAAUUCUAGUGCUAACCCUGCUAAAACACAAGCUAGCUCUGACAAUUCUUAAUGUAUUGUUAAAAGCAGUGCUAAGCUUCUUAUAGCCUCUGCAGCCAUUUUUGCUGCUUUAUUUUUGUGA